UUUAGUCCGUGACGGGUAUCGGAUCCGAGUUGUGUCCCGAGAGAGCAAGUGGUGAAUCGUUUGUAGUGUUUUCAACGUUUUGAAUUGAGUGAUUUGGUUUGGUUUCGUGUUACUUCGUUCCUCACUGACCAGCAGCGUUAAUUCAGUUAGCAGAAGAUGGCCGCUGGAUGUUGUGGAACUAAAAAGCAGAAGAUGAAUAAUUCGCUGAGUAUACCGUGCAACGGAACGUCCUCCCAUCAAAACGGAUUAAAAAAUGGAAUCAUCGCUCAUCCGGAAAUGUGCUUUUUCUGCUUUGACGUUCUAUACUGCCAAUUACAUCAACUUGAUCCUCCAAAAACGCCCAACUUUAGCAACGAUGCAUUCCCAUUAUUUGUGACUUGGGCUAUCGGAAAGGACAAACGAUUGAGGGGCUGCAUUGGUACGUUCAACGCGAUGCAUCUCCACGCAGGUCUCCGUGAAUAUGCCGCCACAAGUGCUUUCAAGGAUUCUCGUUUUAAUCCAAUAAGCCGAGACGAACUCCCUCGGCUCCACGUCAGCGUCUCGAUUCUUCGUCACUUUGAAGAUGGCGCAAAUUAUUUGGAUUGGGAGGUCGGAGUUCAUGGAAUUCGAAUAGAAUUCCGUAAUGAAAAUGGCAACAAACGCACUGCCACUUACUUGCCCGAAGUAGCAACUGAACAAGGCUGGGACCAAAUACAAACCAUUGACUCCCUCCUGCGCAAAGGUGGUUUCAGGGGAGUGGUUACACCUGAAAUAAGAAGAAAUUUAAAGCUAACUCGUUACAGGAGUGAAAAAGUUUCUGUGAGCUAUCAAGACUACAUGAAUCAUUGGCAUAGCCAACAAUGCUAGCAGCUGGCCCGGAGUCCCUCCGAGGGACUCCCGCCUCGAUAUCAACCUACCAUGGAUUAUGAGUAUCAGAAUUCUGAUCCAGGUUAUCACCGCACCAACACUCAACGCGGUUACUCGCAGCAAACCCAAUACAAUCGGACAACGAUUCCUCAGCACACAUUAGUUAUGGUACAACCCAACAACCAUCCUUCCUCCAUUCAUCCUCUUCCACAGUCACAAGUUCCUCCCGUAUUAAUUCCCGUCCGGAAUUAUCCACCAUUUUGGUGGAACAGUCCCGCUCCUCUCUUCCAGUUACCCCAAUCUCAGCCUCAACCUCAGCUCCAAUCUCAGCAUCACGUACAACCUCUCAGUGAUUUUCAUUACCAGUCACACGAUACCUAUGAUCAUGGUGUUCGUAAACGUAAAUGACACCAGAAGCUGCAGUUAUUGCGAACAGCUUUUCACUGUUUGAAAUGGUGCCUGUUAUACUUUGUCUGCUUUAGCAUACAUAGUCUGCCACUUAUGAUACCGUAUAGUCCUCCCUAAUCGGACUUCUGUACAAUAAGAGAUUUACUUACAUGGGCUAAUUGUUUUUUUAUUUUAUUUAUUUUUUUUUUCUUUUUUUUCUCUAUCAAGUUUUUUUUCAUCAGCAUUUUUCAAAAUCUCUGUCGUAUUCUCUAUAGGUCGAUAUGCAAUAUUUGCUCUUACCUUUUAGAAAUAGCCUUUGUAGAAUCUGCAAGUAAAAUUUUCAAUCUUUGAACGAUAGGAAUCUUUCUUCAGAAUCUCCUUGAUCUGAAAUAAAAAUUUUUCAUUUGUAGAUUUCUUGAUUAGAGUAAAUAUUUUGAAAAUAAUGUGUGUAUAUACAUAUACAUAUAUAUCUACAUUAUUUUAUUAAAAAAAAAUUAAUAAAAUGAAUAAAAACUUGAAAAAUUAAUUGAUAAUCAUAAUAAAGCUGUUGAAAAUAUUAGACAGCUCAGUAAUCUCUUUUUAGAAUAUAAAAAAAAAAAUCAUAUUUUUUUUUCAAAUAUAAGUGAAAAAUGAUGGGAAAUAAUGAUUUCGCUUGUACAAAAUGAUAUGAAACCUUCAAAGUGUCUCGAUACCUUGUGCCGAGUUACUUAUUAUGUUUCCAAUUUCCGUCGGUAUGUGAAUACAAUCUAAUUGAGUAAAAAAAAUUGUAUCACACGUCUUAUAGAUCCAUAUCAAGUACAUACCUAUUUUGAGUUUAUUUCCACAAAUAGAUGGCAAUUUUUUUCCUUUUUUUUUUGUUAUUAGUUAUUCAACGAUGCUUUGCAUAAGACAGAUGAAAAGUUUUUUUUUUUGUAUCUUUCAAAUUAUUGCUGUAAGUAUUUGACUAGAUUUUAUUUUGCGAGAAAAACAAAAGGAAAAAUUAGAAAAACAAAUUAAAAUGAAAAUGCUAUUGAUAAGAUUAUAAGAAAAUCAGCAAAUAGUCUGAUGCUUUUUUAGCACCAGAGUUCAAAAGGCAGUUUAAUCAAUCGUGUCUUAUAUUCUGGAUACUCUGUACUGCAAAAUAAGUAUGUUGAACAAUUAUAACUAUGAAUAUAAAAUAUUAUUAUACAUUAAACAUUUAAUCUUAAAAAUAGGCACACAAGCCUAACAAAUGACGAUCUCAUUGUGAUUUUUAUUGUUCUCUGAUUCAUGAUGACAUCAUGAAUUAUGUACAAUAUUUUAACAUUCGAUGCAUCGAGUAUUGAUGGCAGUUUGAAAUCUCGUCAACCCCCAUAUUCUGUUUGACAAUUAAUUUUUUCAUUGAUUAAGAAAAUAAGUUUUCUUCUAAAAAAUCUUAAACAUUUGCUUAUUAAAUAAUUGAUUAUGAUAUUGUUAUAGACUUGACGUCCGUUGAUGUUAAUUGUAAGUCUAGAAUUUUAGAUGUUAGCGUAAUGUGUUACUCUAUGCAUUGGAUGCAAACAUUGUACAUACAUAGAGAUUUGAACAAAGUAAUGCCAUGAUAAGAGUUUUUAUCAUGUUAUUCAUGUUCUUUGGUAGAGUUUUUUCGGAGAAAUUCUUCCAUUUUUCAUGACUAUUUAGCUUUACUGAGCUCAUAUAGCCAAACGACAGCUGGUUUUAAUUCACUGCCAAUUUAUCCAUCGUUGUUUCUAUUGUACACAGAGUUUGCUAAUGAUAAAUAAAAUUCGUGUUGUUGAGAUUAUGUCGAAUAUAAAUUUUUUUUUAAGUAAUUAUAAUUAUAUUAUACUUAAGUGACCAGCUGUAUAAAUAAUAAAUUUAUUUUCAUGAUUUAAAAAAUAAACUUGUUCAACUAGAUUUGCAAUUAAUAUCAGUUCAACAUUGGUUUGAGAAUGAAAUUCUGUAUCGACUUAACUUUCAUCAGUAACAAUAGCUUUCAUAAAAUGCCCAAGACAAAAAAAUGAUCAAAAUUAAAUUCUGCCAUUUUCAUCCUUCGUCAACCGUGCUUAUCCGUAAUAAAGAAACUAUUCGAUUCUAUGAAAAAAGAGUAACAUAACAAGUAAUUCAAAUAUACGAAUUUGCAAAAACAAUACUUUUUGAGAAGCUUCGUGUUGUUACCAUAGGCAGCUUCUGAUCGAUGAUCGAGUUAUUAAUAAGAAGAAAAACAAAAUAAAAUAAAAGUAAAAUCAUAUUGUGCCUAGAUGUGUGGUUUACAUUAAAUCUAAAAAUAAUUGUGUAAUUAUAGAGCCAGUAUAACAUUACAUAGGUAUAUGUACACAUUAUAUAGUGUUCGUAGUGUUCAAAACAAAAAAAUCAAAUAAUAUUUGUCAUUUAAAAAAAAAAGAAGAAAAAUAAGCGUAACAAAUAUUAUUAACAACUUGUGAUUAGAAUAUGAAAAUAUUUGGAAUUGCAAAAAAAAAUAAAUAUUAAAUUUUCUAUUAUUAUAA